GCAGUUGGGAGGGGAGGGGACGGAUGAUCCACGCGAGCGCGCACACUGCGAGAGGAUCGAUUCUAUGGGUGCUGGACAGAGAGGACUUGCCGAGAUUCUCCCUUGCGACAGCGAGGCCAAGGAAUCGAGUGAAUCGGGAGCUGUGAGCCGGUUCUUGUGCGCGGCGGCUGCGACCAGCGCGAUCGCAUCGCCGGAGGAAGAUCAAGGGAAGCAAGGAGAUUUAGACGAAGCGGGGGUUCUUCGCGAGCAGUUUGAGUCCCAAGCCCGGCAGCUGAUCGCGCGAAUCAACUGGCUGCAAGAGAAUUUGCAGCUGGAAGAGGAGAGCCGACUAGUGGCGGAGAACCAGGCGCUAUCGCUACGCUUGGCGUGUGCGCAGCAAGCGGGCAAAGUCGAGGAGCUCUCUGAGCAAAUCAGUAUGCUCUUCCAGGAUUUGGAUGAGCAGCACAAGCACUGGACGAGCUUGGAAGCCAAGCUGGAGUUUGAGCAGCAGGAAAGGCUUCAUAUCGAGGCCACGCUCAAGGCUCUAGCUGCGGGAGCUGCGCAGGGAUUUUGUUCCUCACCCCCUCCACAGAGCUGUGCGUCGGAUGGAUGGAGCUCCGCUCAAGCGAGUCCCACUCCCACGGCGGCGGUGGAAGGAUUUAGAGUCUCCUGGGACAAUGUAGAGUAUGAAGGAGACGCAAAGAAGAGUUCCUGCAAGGCUGCCAACAUGUUUAAGGAGCUCAACUCGGAGUGGUCCAACUACAAGUCGGAAGGGAAGCUCGGAAGCUGGAGCUUGGCGAAAGUGUUGCGGAGGCUCAGCUUUUCCGACGUGAAGAAGAAGAGGGGAGGAGCAAACAAGAGCAGCAGCAGUGCUGCCUUUGAAAGCGCUCCUGAAGCAAACUCGGGAGAGUCUAGGCGAGUUUACGACACUGCGAAGCUCACAGAAGAGAUUUUCAGCCUGAACUCCGAGGCAUCCGACGUCAGGGAACGGCAUUUGGCUGACUUGAGGAACAAGUUGGAGCUGCAACACCGGGGUGGUAGGGUGCCACAAGUAGAGGACAGGGACGUUUCUAGUGAAACGUGGAGUGACUAUCCAAAGCCCCGUUUCAAGUCGGCCAAAGUCUCGAGGAGUGUUUCAAGAUCGACUACCAAAAGGCACGGUUCUCAGAAGAGCUUUGAACUAGACAACAAAGCUCACUUCAAGAUUGAGAACCUGGGAAGGCAGGUGUUUCACCUGAAGAAGCUGUGCACAGAGAAGACGCAGCUUGUAAAGCUAGAGAAGAGGCGGCGGAACGAGGCUGAGAAUCGGUAUUACGUGCUCGUGAAAAAUCUGGAGAAGCAGGUUUUGCAGCUGCGGAAAAUAAACCUCCGGAAGGCCGAUGAAAUCAAGCAAGAGCGGUGUCGGCGGCAGGAGGCCGAGAAGAGAAGUGUGGUCGAAGUGGAGAGUCUGGAGAGGCAAGUGGUGAGGCUCAGCAAGCUUGCUGAUGCAAGAGCACAUGACGUCAAGCACGAACAGAAGCAGAGACUGGAGGCGCAGAAGAGGCUCAAGGACCUGGUCAGCCAGCUGAAAUCAUCCAAAGUUUCUGCUCAAGGCGUGCAGUUGAGCAAGCCCCAACGGAGCCCGAAAGCUAAGCAGGCUGCGUCAAAGACGAGCCUGCCAUUGUCCCCGGCGGGAGCUGGUUUUGCGCAAGCAGAAGACCAACCGGCGGACGAUGAAGUGGGAGGACGGGAAGACGAAGGGGAGUUCGUUGAGUUGGAAGCAUUGCAGUUCAGAACGCUGGGAACAAGUGAUUUCCAAGGGAGUUCUUCCGAGCGGCACGUAUGGAAACUUCAAACCAAGCAGAAAGGACGCAUCGUCCUGACGCCGCUCCAGAGUGUGGUCCCUGAGCACAAAUGUAAGUCGGAGCAGCAGCAGCAGGGCCUGGAGCUGUCAUCAACAGCGGAUCGUGAGCGGGACGAGGUGCAAGUUGAAGAAGCUGGUCCGAACUCCAAUUGCAAUGCUGACUCGGGAGGAACCAACCAGAUCCUCAGUGACAACGAGAGCAGCGAUUCAUUAAGCGUUGCCACGCCGCAGCAAGGGAGGGAGGACAAGAGGCUGGAAACCAGCGUCACCGCAUCACCUCGGCCGAGCAGUCUAACCGGGAAGAUUUCUCAGCUGAAAGAGACGACAACCAGAUUACUCAAAGAUUUGGAAGGAACUCAGCUGUUGCUGAACACUCCUGCUACUACUGCUGCUAUUGCUACUAUCGAAAGUGAAGGUCCAGGUUUCGGUUUGCAGGAGUCUCUCUACUACGAUGACGAUUUUCGGCUAAAACACCAUCUGUUGGAAUUGAGACGUGGUUUCAGAGCCAGGACAGGAUUGGUAGGAGGAAUUGAAGACUUUGCCCCGGCACGAAGUGACGAUCACGCAAGGAAGAAGAAGCAUUCCUACAACAAGACAAGAGUCGUCAGCAAAGGCUGGAUGAAGACAAAGGUGGAGCUGAUGCUGAGGCUGGUUUUCGACAGGCAAGAGCAAGAAGAAGAGGAUGAUGACGAAGGAAACGAUUACAGAGUUUUGGUUGGAAGUCGUGCCGGCGAUGGUGGUGGCGACGACUUUGCGCGGUCCCAUUUGCUGGGACAACAACGCUGCGAAGAAGAUGAGGCUGCGUUCUUUUGA